CCAUGCACAAGACUCUUCUUUAAACAGAGCAAGUGGUCUUCCUAUGACCUUCCUUUGGUAUCUUAACCCUUCUCUCUCUAGUCCCUUUUCUUUCACUUACCUAUACCAUUUGAUUACAUGUCUAAAUUCGUCAUUAGACUACAAGCUUGUUUGAAGACAAAAGCUAGAUUGUAUUCAUUUUUGCUACCUCCCACAUCCUAAUGCAGCAGCAGUAACAGCACAGCCAAAAAGGUUGUAGCAGCCAUGCUGUGGGGCUGUGAGCUAAACAAGAAGUAGACUUGGACCUUCAAACCCCAGAAAGAAGCAAAGCAGAACUGUGAGCUGUUGCUUAGUAUGAUUUGCUUGGGGGAGAAAGCCAAAGAGGAAAUGAAUGUCAUGGGGAUUCUGCCCCCAGCAAGCCCAGAGGACAAGAAGAUGAAGCCCAUCACCAUGACCCCACUUCAGGCCUCUGUCCCAUCCAUGGUCAUCAUAAUGGGUUGUGAGCUUUCUCCUCCAGUUGCUUUCCAGCUCCAGGGUGGCUCUGGACCUGUGUUCUUGAGUGGCCAGGAAUGUUAGAACAUUUCAGAUCUAACCUAGGAAUAGGAGGAGGAGAAGGAGGAGAAAGAAGAUGAUGUCGAUGUAGAUGCGUUCCUGGAGGAGGAGGCCCCUGUCCAGCAAGUCAAGAAGCUGGUGCCCCAGAAGCAGACAAGCAUUGCUAAGAAAAGAAGAAGUGGAAAAAGCAGAGAAGCAGUGAGAUUCAGUAAUAAAGACAAUAGCCCUGUGAGAAAGGUCAAACCCACACUCAGACCUAAAAAGCCAGGAUCCAAGAAAUGAGGAGCCAGGAAGGCCUGCAGCCACAGUGACCAAGACAGGGUCUGUGAAUGGACCUGCCUCAGGGUAUGCUGUGGACCCAAGAUGUCCCCCCACCUGGGCUGCUCUCCAUCUGGGUCUGACUGUGAUGGAGGUGUUGUUGGGACCAUAAAAGAGCCCCUUACCCCUAACUAUCCUCUUUUAGCAGGACCUGGAGAGAAGAGCAGUGGCCUCGGGGCCACAAUAAAGUUCGCUUUGCCAGAAAAAAAUUUUUUUACAAAGUAUCCAUCCCUUAGCACAAUAUAUUAAACAUUAUAAGGUCUUAGCAAAACAUUUGUUAAAUAAGUAUUUUUUUAAUAUUUUGUUUCUCUUAAGUUCAUUAAGUAGCUGCUCACUUCUUGCCAUUUGUUCUACUUUCUUCUCUUUUGCUUGUUUUUCUCACAGUAUUUCAGCAAAACUGCAUUUCUGUGGAUACAAGAUUGCCUUUUAGGAUAAGAAAAAUGUCUUGGAUCUAGUUAGAGGUAAUGAUUGCUCAGCAAAGUGAAUGCACUCAAGGCAAUGAAUUUUACAUUUUUUAAAAAGUUAAUGGUUGCACUGGGUAUUAUAUGCAAACAAUGAAUCAUGGAACACUACAUCAAAAACUAA